UUCAACCAACCAGCGCGUGCGGAUUGCGAAUGCGGCACUUCCUUCGAGGCAGAGCGCGCUCGGGAAGAGGAGGAAGUCGAAAAAUAAAGGACACCGAAUAAAUAUAGUUAGAAUAUGAGAGCUAGGUCUAUGAUAUUUAUGGUCUAACAAGGGAUUGUGUUUGGCCUCACAACUACAAAAAACGUCGUGUUUACCUAAAUAAUCCGAACUUCAAAUAACACCCCACUUACUGCUUAGCUAGCUGUCCCCUCGCCAUACGUCGAGUUGAGACGAAAGGGGAAGAGAGCAGGGCUAGUGAAUUUGGAAUAGGGUAACAUAACCUUUAGAUUUAAAUUAUUACAAACUUGAUAAUUAUAAACGUUAAGUUGGUGGAAGGUCUCGAGAAAAUGUUUUAGCGAGCUAUUUUGUUUCAACUAGUCGUCACAGGAACUUGAGGUUCUCUGAGAAAAGUUCGACGUCCACGAGCCGUAAGAGGCCUGUGGUCGAGGCUGCAUGCAGCAGAGACCAUCGGCUUGUAGUGUCGGUCACAUACACAAUCAAGAAACAUGUCGGCCCAAGCGCAAAUGCGAGCAAUGUUGGACCAGUUGAUGGGCACGAGCAGAGAUGGAGACACCAUGCGCCAGAGAAUCAAAUUUACAGAUGAGCGGGUCUGCAAGAGUCAUUUGCUGGACUCAUGUCCUCAUGACAUUCUCUCCGGCACUAGAAUGGACCUGGGAGAGUGUGUGAAAGUCCAUGACCUGGCCCUCAGGGCUGACUUCGAGAUCGCCUCCAAGCAACAGGAGUACUUUUUUGAGCUUGACGCAGCGGAGCACCUUCAGUCAUUCAUCGCCGACUGUGACCGAAGGACAGAGUUGGCCAAGAAAAGACUGGCUGAGACUCAGGACGAGAUCAGCGCUGAGGUCGCCGCUAAGGCUGAGCGGGUUCACGAGCUAAACGAGGAGAUCGGCAAGCUGCUGGCCCGGGCUGAACAGCUGGGUGGCGAGGGGAACGUGGACGAGGCACAGGAGGUCCUGGAGAAGGUGGAGAAGACUCGUGCCAUGAAGAAAGAAGCGGAGGACGUUUACAGGAACUCGAUGCCGGCGUCCAGCUUCCAGCAGCAGAAGCUCCGGGUGUGCGAAGUGUGCUCUGCCUAUCUGGGUCUCCAUGACAACGACCGCCGCCUGGCUGAUCACUUCGGGGGCAAACUGCACCUGGGCUUCAUUGAGAUCCGGGAGAAGCUGGAUAGGCUACGGAAAGCAGUCGUUGAGAAGCAAGAGAGAAUGCGGAUGAGAAGGAGGGAGGAACGCGACAAGGAAGAAGAGAGAGAGAAAGAGUGGGAGCUGGAACGAGAACGAGAGCGAGAACGGGAAAGAGAGCGAGAGAGAGAGCGUGAAAUCGAACGUGUACGGGAACGGGAGAGAGAGCGGGGGGAGAGAGAGCGACGGAGGACACGGUCGAGAAGCACUGAACGAUACAGGGAGGGAGGUAGCUCAUCCUCCCAUCGCUCGCGACGACACCGCUCCUCCCGCUCCAGGGAAGAGGGAGGCGAGCGGGACCGGGAGAGGGAACGUAAGCAUAGACACAAGGACAGGCAUCGCUCGCGCUCCCACUCUCACAGGAGCAAGAGGAAGAGGUCUUCCAGAGACAGAUCCUCACAUACCCGAGAAAGGGAGCCCCGCUCGCCGUCCCAGCGCUCCCCCUCGGGGCGCUCCCCGUCCCAGGAGAGAUGGAGGGAGAGCGGGGGAGAGGGACCACCCCGGCCACGGGAUGGAGACGGACCCGAGCCCGUGACCAGGGAGGACAGGGAGAGGUCCACCUCCCCAGAGAUGAUGACCAGGGGCAGAGAACGAGAACGAUCGCUGUCACUGGAGAGGGAUAGACGUUCCAGCUCCGACGGGGAGAGGGAGUCGGGGGAGAUAUGACUUUGAGGAGAACCUCAGAGGUCACGGUAGAGCAGACGGGCUUUAGAAAGAUGGAUGAACAGCCGGUUUCGAUUGGCUCGUUACCCCUCUGUAACGCCAUUACCCUUAGAUGUUUGCAGAUCUGUACCCUGCUUAUACCUAGCCACACCUUAUGGAUCGGCAAUCAACCGAGGUUUUGCGCCGGGGGGGGGGGCGGGGGUGCGUGCGUGAGUGAGUGAGUAUGUGUGUUCAUUCAGGUUGAAGUGGGACAUCAAUUGGGCAAGUGGGAGGGAAAAUUGGGAAAGUAUGACUUCCAGGUGGAAGUGGCUUUAAAUUGGGUUAAUUAAAAAAGGCUGUAAAAGGAAUUAAGUUUGCCUGGAAGCAGUACUUUAUUUCGCGUCAUCUGUGAGUAAAAGUACGACUUGGAAAUUGGGGGUGGGGUGGGUGUAGUAUAGGGAGAUAAAAGUUCUACCCAUUCAAACCUUUUAUUUUACAUUUAGAAAUGCUGUUGUUUUUUUUUUUUAUAAUCCUCUACAAUGUUGAUACUGUUGUCUUCUGGGUUCCAUUUAGAAUCCCAAUAUGGGUUUCAUCUGGUAUGUGUGUACAACUUGGAUUUAUACACAAACAUUAAAAGUGACAUACAAACAAUUCCUUUGACAAAAACUUCUGAGAGUACCACUUCAGUCUUUACACUCAUGAUUAUAAUUUUAGUUGACAAUGUACAAGCAUUUGCCAUACUAGUACUUCUACUGGUAUAUAGCAGAAACCCAGAAACUGACACACACACUGUCCUUUUGCUGUGAGACAUAGUGAAUAAAAGUUCUGCUUCCAUUGUGA